GGAGGCUGUCUCGUAGUCGUGGUCGAAGGCGCCAGUUCGGCCUCAGUGGUAGCGCCUAGCGGUAAACUUUGAGGAAAUCGAAAUUAGGACGUGAAUCGUGAUACGAGAUAGUCAAUCUAAUAUCAUCUAUUUGUUUGUGUUGGCUGUGCUGUGACGUCAGUUGUGUAUGAAGCAAAAAAUCUUUGUGCUGUGUGAUAAUGAUAAAAAGUUAUCUUGAAUUGAUAAUGGUCAGAAUUUAGAUUCGUUCAUCAGUCUGAUCCGAAAGUGCCGAACGGUGUAUCUCUAGUUAAGUGUAACUAAUUUUCUGUGCUGACUGUGGCAGAAAUAUAUUUUUUAUGCCCCGCGCCCGGGACGAAAUGCAAGUAAACGUGGCGGGCCUAAGGAGAAAUAUUAAAAACCUCGCGCACAACUACUCAGAUGCUCAGGUAAAAGUGCGCGAGGCGACAUCUAACGACCCAUGGGGGCCUUCGAGCACGCUGAUGGCGGAGAUCGCCGACCUCACCUACAACAUGAUGGCCUUCACCGAGAUCAUGCAGAUGAUCUGGAAGCGGCUCAACGACCACGGCAAGAACUGGCGCCACGUGUACAAGGCGCUGGUCCUCAUGGAGUACCUCAUCAAGACGGGCACGGAGAAGGUGGCCAUGCAGUGUAAGGAGAAUAUCUUCGCGAUACACACGCUCAAAGACUUCCAGUAUAUGGAGGAGGGGAAGGACCAAGGUCUGAACGUGCGCGAGAAGGCGAAGCAGCUGGUGAACCUGCUGAAGGAUGAGGAGCGGCUGCGGAACGAGCGGGCGCGCGCGCUCAAGGCCAAGCAGCGGUUCGCGCAGACUCCGAGCGCGUUCGGCAGCGACGCGGCGCUGGACUCGCCCGCCAGCCCGCCCGCCACCGAGUGGGGCGGCGCCGAGCUGGCCCGCCCCCUCACCGCCGGCGAGGAGGAGCUCCAGCUGCAGCUCGCGCUCGCUAUGAGCCGCGAGGAGGCCGAGCGCGAGGAGCGCCGCCGCCGCUCCGACGACGUGCGCCUGCAGCUCGCCAUCUCGCAGUCGCAGCACGACUUCAGAACUCCUGGGUCCGAGGCGAAGAAGCCGGAGCAGCAGUCGCACCUGCUGGACCUGCUGGACGUGAACCUCGCGCCCGCCCCCGCCGCCGCCGCCCCCGCCCCCGCAGACCCCUGGGGGCUGCCAUCGCCGCCGCAGAGACCGAUUAUGCAUUUGGAUUUGGGUAGAUAUUAUACGGAGUCCAUGGAGACGUCGCCGGACGCGUGGUCGGCUGUGGGUAGCCCGGCGCGCGACCCGUGGGCGCCGGCCGCUUCGCUCGCAGCGCCGCUCGCCGCCCCGCUGUCUGCUCCGCUCGCCGCUCCGCUCGGCGCCCCGCUCGCCGCCGCCGCUGACCCGUGGGCGCCCGUUACACAGAGCAAGUCGCCGCUGUCGAUGGUGUCGUCACCGUCGUCUGACCUGGAGCAGUUCGACGCGCUGUCGCGCCGCACCGAGCCCGCGCUCGCGCCGCUCGACCACGCCACCUCCGCCGCCGCCGCCGACCCUUUCGACUUGUCGCUGCUAGACGAGAAGCUGCCGUCUAACGGCUUGAUGGGCACCGGCGGCGCGGUGAAGAAGUCCCCCGCGGCGUUCCUCGGUGAGAACUCGGCGCUGGUGAACCUGGAGCGGCUGCUGCAGCCCGCCGCCGACCCGCCCCCGCACGCGCCCAACCCCUUCGCCGAGCGGCAGCUGUUUGCGCCGCCGCCGCCGGCGAAGUUGUCCAUCAACGAGAUCAAGCAGCAGCAGAUGGGCUUCCCGGCGGGGGGUGCGGUGGGGGGUGUGUCGCUGGGGGCGGGGGCAGCGGCGCAGGCGGAUCCCUGGGCGCCCGCGCGCUCCGCCUCGCCCUGGUCGCCGCCCCCCGCGCGACACACCCCCAACCCCUUCCUGUCCUAGCCACAGUAAAACGCUAGCGACAUUGCAUCUCGGGCACCGCUCGCCGGUCGCCGCAGCUUCCGCGUCGCCGCCACACCGACACGACACAGCUACGUACAGUCAACCGAGCCGCUAAUACUUCGGCAACCACAGUUUUCAUAAAGCACAGCUUGUUAAGAAACAGUUAACGCCGAACAUAAUUUUUUAAUCACGUGAAAAAUGUGUUAGCGUGAUAAUAUUUAAAGUGUACAAACGUAUGUGAAUGCGACACAAGAAGCCACCAUUCGAUUUGACGUUUAGAAAAUUUAGUUCUGCGUCAACUCUUUCUUGCCUAACUGUAAUGGUGAUGUAUGAAAAACGAUGGUUGUCGGAAACAGCUGACGUCAU